GCUGCUGUGGGAACUGAGCUGCGGAAAGCAUUCAGAGCAGAGUCAGUGAAUCUGCUCGGCAGGUCUGGCGAGCGGCGGUCACUCCACACAGAGGACAGCGUGCGUCUGUAGUUGGACGCUCCGGGAAUUAACACACCGUCGAGACCAAACACCUUGAUGAGAAGGGUCAAGCUAAAAUUCCCUUCGGACUUUUGACGUUUAGUCCAAGAAGAUCUCAGUGAGAAAAAGAGGCGCAUCUGUUAGUAAUUAUGGGAUUUACACCUUUCGUCUUCAACAAAGUUGUGGUUGCGCUGCUUGUCACCAGCAUCUGCGCGACCAAAAUAAACGUGCCGCGCCUGAGACUCUCCUAUAAAGACCUGCUGUCCACCAACAGGUCAUCCAUCUUUAGCGGCCAUGACGGCCAGCUCUCACUCAGCGCUGUCCUUCUUGAUGAGUACCGUGAUCGGCUCUUCCUGGGAGGUAAAGAUGUCCUGUACUCUGUCAUGCUGAGUCCCGUCAGCAGUGAAUCCAAAGAGAUCUAUUGGCCUCCGUUACCUGGAAACAGAGAAGAUUGCAUUCAGACAGGGAAGGAACAGACGGAGUGUGCCAACUUUGUUCGCCUCCUGCAGCCAUACAAUCGCACUCACCUAUUGGCCUGUGGUACCGGAGCAUUCCAGCCCAUGUGUGCCUUUAUCUAUGUGGGCCACAGAGGAGAGCACGUGUUCACCACGAACCCGCUGAAUGUGGAGAGCGGACGAGGAAAGGUUCCACAUGACCCCAGCUUUCCGUUUACAAGCACCUUCAGCGGUGGUGAGUUAUAUACCGGACUGACCGCAGAUUUUCUUGGAAGAGACUCUGUGAUCUUCAGGAGCAUGGGAGGUCGCACCACCAUGAGAACAGAGACUGACCAGAAGCUUCUUCAUGACCCUCGGUUCAUCGCCGCCCACCUCAUCCCGGAUAACGAUGACAGGGACGAUGACAAAGUGUAUUUCUUUUUCACUGAGAAGGCGUCGGAGGGAGGGGACAAGGAGGAGGCCAUCCACACACGAGUUGGACGAGUGUGUGUGAACGAUGUUGGAGGACAACGAGUUCUAGUCAAUAAGUGGAGCACGUUCAUAAAAGCCAGGCUGGUCUGUUCUGUUCCUGGACCUCAUGGCAUCGACACACAUUUCAACCAGCUUGAGGAUGUUUUCCUGCUGCGGACCAAGGAUGAGAGAAACCCGGACAUCUAUGCGAUUUUCAGCACUAUCAGUAACGUUUUCCAGGGUUUUGCUGUAUGUGUUUACCGCAUGGCUGACAUCAGAGAAGCUUUCAACGGGCCCUUUGCUCACAAAGAGGGCCCUAACUAUCAGACGGGCCCCUAUGAAGGCAGGAUGCCUUAUCCAAGACCAGGAGUUUGCCCAAGUAAAAUCACCAACCAGCCCGGCAAAGAGUUUGGCAGCACAAAGGACUUCCCUGACUCUGUGCUGCAGUUCGCCCGCAGCCACCCUCUGAUGUGGCGCCCGGUGCUCCCAGCACUUCGCCAGCCUGUGCUGGUGAAGGCCAACAUUCCUUACAAGCUGAAACAAAUUGUGGUUGACAGAGUGGAGGCAGAGGACGGGCAGUAUGAUGUCAUGUUUAUUGGUACAGACGUUGGAACGGUUUUGAAGGUAAUUUCCCUACAACGUGGAAACAGUCUGGAGGCGGAGGAGGUCACACUGGAGGAGCUACAAGUCUUUAAAAUACCAAUCCCAAUCACUUCACUGGAUAUAUCUGUGAAAAGGCAAGCCUUGUAUGUGGGCUCUGCAGCAGGUGUGGCGCAGGUGAAGCUGCAUCGCUGCGAGACGUAUGGGAAAGCCUGUGCUGAGUGCUGCCUUGCCAGAGAUCCUUACUGUGCCUGGGAUGGAUCCUCCUGUGCGCGAUUCGUUCCAAACAGCAAACGUCGCUUCCGCAGGCAAGACGUCAAACAUGGGAACGCCGUGCUGCAGUGUGUGGAUCAGAACGUUGGCGACCUGGACGUGACUGAGGACAAAGUUGUGUAUGGGACGGAGAAAAACAGCACCUUCCUGGAGUGUGUCCCUCGCUCGCCGCAAGCUUCCGUCACCUGGCUCGUCCAGCGCGAUGACCGCAAGGAAGAGGUGAAGCUGGAUGAUCGUGUGAUGUCAACAGAUCAGGGUUUGCUGUUUCGUCAUCUCUUCCGUCAGGACGAAGGUGUGUACAUCUGCCGCUCCCGGGAGCACAGCUUCAGCCAAACCCUGGCGCGCAUCUCCCUCCAGGUCCUCCAGGCAGACACGGUGGAUGAGCUCAUUGCCCGUGACAUUGCGGGCAUCUCUGACGGGUUCAAAGACCGGUCUCCAGGGAACCACAGGCCCUGGAUGCCUUGCAGCACGGGGCCUUACAGUAGGGGUCAAAUCGGCCAGUCGCGCACAUGGUUCAAGGACAUCAUGCAGCUCAUCGGGCCGUCUAACCUGCCUCACGUCGAGGAGUACUGUGAGAGGAUGUGGUGCAACGACAAGCUCCGGAGGAAGCACAAGAGCAUGCUGGAGAAAUACCGCCAAGCUCAGGAGAGUGCCAGGAAGGCGCGCAGCAAAGGCUCCGGAGAACGCAACCGGACGCCACGAGAUCUCAGAGGACGGCCAGAGUAACACCGGAGAAAAUGAAGGAUUCGAAAUCAAAGAGAAAAAAUGUGAUCCUUCGUUUUCGGUUCAGGUCAGGAUGGUUUUGGGAGCCAAUUAAAAACCUGACUAAUCAAUCGGACUAUGAGAAUCUGGUGGAUUUGUCUGUUCUUGCCAUAAAAUAAAUAGAAUGUUUUCAUUUAAAAACAAAGAAAAAAGAUGAACUCAUUCAUUCAAGUGUUUGACAGUGAGCAAUUUUAAUAAAGUUCAUAGUUGAAGGAUGUGAACUUUUCUGUCAGCAAAGACUGAGGUGUUAUUAGCACAUGGUAACAAGAGACUUUCAUACUGAACUGUAUAUUACAGUAUAUUCCUAGAAUGUUUUUUCAAGUGAGAGUUGUCAAGAAUUUCUUCACUCGCAUCUUUCUGUUUUUAUGUUACAGUGACACAUUUUAUCACAGCCCUCUACGCCAAGAAAACUAAAAAACUGCAAACUUGAGAUUUAUAAAACAUGUGCAUGUAGGUGUGAUUUCGCUUAGCGUGGACUUCGUUUCAUGUUUGCUAUUUAUCCUUGGUGACUCUUAUGACACUUAAUGUUUUGCUGAUAUCAAGCUUUUCGUUGCAAUUUGGAAGAACAUCUGAGAUUCUCCUGCACACACUCGCACAUUAGCAUACGUCCUUCAAGCGCCUAAUCCCUGAGUGCGGUUUGUUCCAUUAUAUAUUUUAUGCUUGAUAUUCUGUAUUCUUCACAAACUCAGAUUAUCUGAAAUUUCACUCGGCUACAACACUGAACGCAUAAGCUCAAGUAUCUAAAGAUGAAAUUUUCUGAGACGACUGUUGACGGUUCAACGGAUCAAAGACACACGGUUUCAUUCUUACUGCCGUGGGCUGAACUUUUCUUUAAACACAAAAUAAAGAUCAACACAGACCGACACAGAGAUGGAAACUUCUCUGUGGCAAUUGUUUUGGUUACAGACCGUAACAAACCAAGAGACGCAGGAAGACCAAAAAGUGUGUGAACGUCGUGGAUGUGCGGCCAAAACCGGAUCCCACCGAGCAAACCGCGCCAUCUGGCACGGAGAUGUUCUGCAUAUCUUUUGGUUCCUGUGGAAGCGAUCAUCAGCUUUGGACCUGACUUUGAUGGCCUACAGUUAUAUAAAUCCAUUGUGGGGCAGAUUGAAGGGAGUUUGGUGACCAGCUCAUUGUCCAGCUGCAUGGAGCUCUUAGUUGUUGCCAGUCGGCUCCAGUGUUUAGAUGGAUGCUACAUUGUGUUUUGUUGCUUUAUUGCAUUACACAUGAGGCAAUGUUAUUUAUAUAUCUCUAAGGGUUUUGGCACAAGAGUCGCAGAUCAUCUUGCAUGCUUGGGAACCCUUUUCAUCACAAUGAAAUUGUUAGUUUUUCUCUCUAAUUGAAUUUUUGGAAAAUCUGUUUUCACAAUUUUUGCUGUUUUAGCUAUUUUAUGCAGUAACAGUUUAAUCUUGUCCAUGACGAGGCGAUAUUUGAAGGGACUUUUUCUUUGAAAUGAUGGUUCCUUACAUCAGGUCAUUUGUUUUCCACUCUUCUGUUGAGCUUCUCAGAGACAUAACUGUCAAGGUUUUUGUGCUUUCUAUUGUGUAAAUACUAUUUUCAAAAUGUUACUUUUGGAACAAUUCUUUGUGUUUUUUGUUGUGUAUUUUUUAAAAUGAUUUUUGUGCUUAUUUUAAUUGGAAUUAGCUCGGAUCCACCACUAUAAAGUCUAUAAAGUAAGCGUAUGUUAAAAGUGGAGUAGCAGGGAUAGAAAAUAUACUAAAUGGAUUGAAAAUGAAAGUAAAAAAAUCUUUGAUGUGACAAAAAAAUUAUUUGGAAUGGAAAUGUCAUACACUCAAAUCUGUAGCAGUAAAUUGUAUUUUGUAAAAAAAAUUCUUUCACUUUAAGAAAUGUUGUAUUUCUUUCAUCUUUAGUUCACUUCAGUUCCAAUAUGUGGGAGAAGUGCAUUAAAUACUAAAAAUGCAAAAUCUCUUUUAAUUAUUUAGGUAUGAUGUGUGUUAUUACACACUAAUACAUGAAUAAUAUUAAUUACAAGUAUGUAUGUUUCAUAUUAAAAUCCUGAUUCAGAAAACGGUUUGGCUUGAAUACAAAACCCUGAAGAACUCCAUGGCAUGAAGACAAAAAAUAUCACAUUAAUGUCAAUGUAAAGAAGAUGCUGUACUAAUUGUGUUCCUUUUAUUAUUAGGGAAAAAAAACGUAAUACUGAUUAGCUUUCUGGCUUCACUGAAUGAAUUAUUUUUCCAAGGUGAAACAGAGAAAAGUGGCUAGGUAAGAACAGAGGAAGGUUUUAAAUGGUUUCUUUAAAAAGGUACUGAAAGCAUCUGAUGCAACUCUUUUUGAAACUUCAAAAAUUUUUACAUUUUUAUAUUCUGAAUUAUCUACAAGCUAUUCCUUUAUAUUGACACUUUGUAUUCUGGUAUGUAGAGCACAGGAAAGCGCAUAAAAUAGCUUUAAGGCUUGCUCUAAAUAUCGAUCGGUGUGUUUUCCUAAACUACAAAGACAAAAGAAAAAUUGAAAUGAAAUAUUGAGUAAGUUUAGUUUAUGUAUUCGUUUGAUCUUUUUAUUCUUUUAACCAAGAUUUAUUGCCAUAAAAUAACCUAAUUCCUGCUCAAUUUGUAACCAUUAAAAUAGUGUGUGAACGCGUUUGAACUGAAUUUUCUACUUUAAAACAGAACUUGACUAAAUCAACUUUACUCAAGUUGUGCAGUCGUUGACGUGAACAAAUCUAGUUUUCUUUGCAUUCAGACAAAAUCCUUCAGCUGCAGUUAUAAUACAGUGUAAACUGUAUUUUGAAUUAUUUUAAUUUUCUUCCCGUUAGUUUGCCUCAUUCAGUGUAGUAAUACUUCAUUGUAAAAUUAAUUUGAAACACUGUUUAAUGCUGUGACACUUGACCCCAUUAAGCACAGAGAUUCAACAAACAUGUUAUCUUUAUUUAACAGUGAAUUUUUUUACAGUUCAAUAAGCAGCUUCAUUUUGAUGUUUUACUUUUAAGCUUGUGUUCUUUUCAAAAGUUAGAAGUUUGUAGAAAAGUCUGUAUUUAAAACUGAAUGCAGAGUUUUAAUAAAGAUUUUUUUUAAAACUUGUAUUAAAAUGAACUUUGUGAACAACUUUGUUAGCUGGUCAAUUGGUGUAAAAGGAAAAUUAAAUAUGUAUUUAUGUUUUAUUUAAGUCUGUUUCUACCAUGCAUGCUACAAACGUGUAUACUGUUUGAAACAAUUAAAAGUUGAUUGUUUUUAAAUCAAAA